AUUUGUGUGGAAACAGGAAGCAGUAUACCAAUCGUGAUGUUGUUGUGUCUUUGAAGCCGAAACACCAAAUAUGUUUACCGAUGAACUGCUUGACGGUGUGGAUUUCAAAUCUACAUGGAAGAAAGAAAGAUCUCUUCAAAGUAGUACCGCACAGACAAGUGAAAUUUUAACAGACGAGGUUGAAGUGCAGUCCAUACAUAGAGUCCAUGUCAAGAUUCAAACUGAAGAUGAACCUGAGAAGAAAUUUAGAUUAUUAGAUGACAACUCUAAGGAAUUAUGUGACUUUAUCACAGAAGUUGAACCAUUUGUGAGUCGGCAACUUGAAAUAAACAAUAGAAGUCAUGCGUUUGAUGGUUAUGAGGUGAAUUGGCGAGAAGAUAGCCAUGCAGUGACUUGUUUACAUACAUUAACCUAUGCAAGCAUGGAUGGAGAGUCACAGUCUACCGGUCUGUCUUGGAACUCAAUAGGUUCCGUUAUUGCUGUAUCUUAUGGAAGGUUUGAUCAUCAAGAUUGGUGUACACACAAGUCUGCAUUGUGUACUUGGAAUGUUGAUAGACGAGUAAAUCCCAAUAAACCAGAUGUUACUAUUGAUGUCUCAAGUUGUCUUAUGUGUAUAUCUUUUCAUCCAAAGAAACCUUCUAUAAUAGCUGGUGGUAAUUUCAAUGGGGAAAUUGUUAUUUGGGAUUUAAGUAAAGAAGAUGACACAAUAGUUGCCACAUCUGGUAUUGGCGAUGAUUCUCACAGAGAACCGGUGUCAAAGGUCAAAUGGAUUGAAGAUCCCUUGUCAAAGGGCAGAAAAUAUAAUAUUGUUAGUGUAAGCAGUGAUGGCAAAAUACUGAUAUGGAAAGUGAAUCGAAGGAAAGCUAGUCUGGAAUUAGUGGAAGGAUUUAUAUUAUUGACAGAAAGUAUGCCAAGAAGUGUGAUGCGAAAAUCUAGAGUCAAAGGAGAUGCUGAAAUGGGUGUCACGUGUAUAUCAUAUGCAAUUGAAGACAAAUCAUUAUUUGUUGUCGGUUCUGAGUCGGGAGGUGUGUUUAAAUGUUCCAUGAAUGCAAGAGGCUCACCAGCAAGUAGCAAUAUUGAAUCAUCUGUACCACUUCGUUCGCCAGUCACGUUUUCAUUCCAGCCACACCAUGGUCCAGUAUAUGCCGUAGAUAGUUCACCAUAUCAUAGAAACCUACUGCUUUCAUGUGGUACAGAUACAACAGCAAGAAUAUACAGUAUGCUGCAGGCCAAACCUAUACUAACGAUUGAACCAGGUUUAGGCUAUCUAUUUUCUGCAAAGUGGUCUCCAGUGCGUCCAUUAGUAUUUGCAUUGGUCACUGGUGAAGGCCACCUACUUAUAUACGACUUGAAAACCAGUAAAAUUAACCCAGUAUACUCACUGGAAGCAGGUGAUAAGAAAGAAGCUGUGUACACGCUAGAAUUCAACCAAAGUCAACGUCAGUUACUGGCCACUGGUGAUGGGAAAGGCGUUGUCAAAAUUUGGCAGCUUAGUGACGAGUUGACAACACAAGGAUCAAGAGAGGUGGACGUGUUGGCUGAAAUGGCUGCUUCUGCGCUGGAUUAAUUUUGCCACUGACCAUCAAAACGUCAACAUUAAAUACAUCUGUAAAUUGUAUGUACUUCCAAG